AUGGCCCUUGCUCUCAGAACCGCAGCUCCAUUGAAGCCCGAAAUCAGGCUAGCCCAAGCGCUUUCGGAAUUCUCAGCCGUCCUCCACGAUGACGAAAAGAAAUUGUUUCGAACUUGGCGCGCCGGGAGGCCUCCUAGUGUGUCGGAUGUUAUGAAGCUCACGGCGGAGAUCGACAAGGACAACAGGCUUUGCUUUGGUCGCUGCUUUGGUCCCCGUCUGACUUCCAUUCUGGAAACCGUACAGCAAUUCUCAAGUGUUGUCGAUGUCAUUGUAGGCGGCAGCCAGUCUCCAAUAGCGACUUCCAUCUGGGGGGUACUGCGCAUGACCCUUCAGAUAACCGUCAAGUUUGCGUCCUAUUUCGAUAACCUGUCAGCCUUGUUUAUGCGCAUUGGACGCUCAUGUCCCCGCUAUGGGCAAUAUGGUGUCAUGUAUACCAAGUCUCAGAGGCUACAGGAGGCACUCUGUGAUUACUUCUGCAUCGUUGUCACUGUCUGCAAGAAAGCGGUUCUGUUUAUUCGGAAAAGCCCUAUUGCUCAACUGUCAGCUGCUAUCCUCAAGCCAUUUCAAUCAGAGUUUGGCCCUCUCGAGUCCAAUCUCGAGACAAUAGCAGAUGCUAUCCGCGAAGAGGCCUCCUUGGCAUUCAAACAGGAAGUGGCUCUCGAGAAAAAGGAGGCCUCCCGUUUUCGAGCAUGGUCGUCGUUGAAAACGGCAACGGAGAUUCAGGAAGCAAAGAAGUUUAAAGCCCAAAAGGAGAAAUAUCGAUUUCUCAAUGCGUGCUCCACAUACAAUCACCAGGCAGCGUGGAAAAGAGCUCGCAAAGUGGGCGAGAGCACCCGGGUCUUUGACCACACGGAUUACAAGCACUGGAUUCAAGCCUCGACAUCGAGUGUGUUGUGGAUUACUGGAAUACUUGGGUCAGGCAAAACGGUAAUCACGGCCAGCCUGGUGCAGGAAGUUAGAAUCCAAUUCCCGAAUGCUCUCUUGGGCUACUUCUUUUGUAGCCACGACGACGCAGAAUCACUUCAGGCCAAGACCAUUUUAGGUAGCCUCGCAAGGCAGCUUUUGAGCUUGCUCAGCCCAGACACAUUCGCCAGCAUUGACACAGUCGAAUCAGAUCCACUCGACAACGACGAGAUUGUGUCUUAUCUGCACAAACUAGCCCCUCAAAACGAACAGGCUUUCGUUAUUAUCGACGGGCUCGACGAAUGUCCUGAGAUUGAACUGGACAAAAUUUUCAGCUACCUCCCCAAGUUUCUGCAAACAUCUCAGCUUUUCCACAUCUUCUGCUCGAGCCGACCCGACCUACAUACAAGAUAUCGAGCUAGUCUACCAUCUCAACACCAUCUGCCGUUACCGGUGGAGAACCACGAAAUCGCACAAUAUAUCGAUAGUGCUUUGGAAGACCGUCUUACAACUGGCAGCUUGUGCUUAGGGGAUCCGACCAUAAUCUUGGCUAUCAGGCAGGCCCUCGUGGAAGGGAGCCGUGGAAUGUUUCUCUGGGUUGUGUUUCAGCUUGAAUCGAUAUGCGCCGAGCUCACGGAUGAAGCAAUCCUCACAGCGCUCCAAUCUUUGCCCAAGGACCUUCCAGAGACUUUCGAUCGUGUCCUUCGGAAACUAGCAGAGAAACGAACGACAAAUCCAGCCACUUGCAGAAAGAUCUUUGCGAUUGUCGCUGCGGCUCAGCGGCCACUGACCUUGGAUGAACUUCGUGAGGCGACGGGUGUCGUGCCAGGAGAUACUGAAUGGGAUCCACGAAAGCUCAUCAACGACAUACAAAUGGCCGUCAGCCAGUGCAGAAGUCUAUUGCUCAUCGACGAGGAAGACUCCACAGUACAUUUCAGCCAUCACAGCGUCAAACAAUACAUCGUGUCCAGUCCCCAGGACCCCUCCACUCGUCAGUUCCAUGUAGAAUUACCAGAGGCGAAUCUGACUUUAGGUGAAGUUUGCGUCACCUACCUGAACUACAAUGUCUUCAACACCACGCUCACCAGGAUGGGCAAUCACGCAGCAGUGCAGCCGCAAGCGAUAACCACCGCCAUUGUGGAGAGGGCAUUUCCGCGAGCCGCAGUCAGCAAAGUUGCACUGAAACUCUUGAAAAGAGAGGGGGCCAAAGACUUUGAUCUGAGCGCUCGUCUUCAAGAGGUGGGAUUCAAGGAACGAAAGCGAGAAAAUUAUUCUUUUUUGGCAUACGCAAAGUCAUUUUGGUUGUUCCACACUCGGCAAUUUCACACAAGAAGACCAGCCACUUAUCAGUUAUGGCUUGGUCUUUUAUCGAAAAAUGACAUGAUCGGACUGCUUCCUUGGGAUCCCGAAGCAUGGGAUGGACAAAGCGAAAGAGUCUUGCAGUGGGCGGUGGAAAAUGGACAUGGUGCUCUCAUCUGCGAGAUAACUUCAAACUUGAUCAAGUCAAAUGCAGGCCUACCACUCAGGACAUUGCAACUGCUCAUCGGAGUAGAAACGAAACAUCUGCAAUUGUACCCUGAUAUUCACAGAUGCACCGCCCAGGUAUUGGCCAAAUAUUGUGAAGAUUAUACCAUACUCUCAAUUCUGGUUGAUAGUGGGCUGAAUCUUUAUCAGCGAGACAAAAAGGGACUCCUCAUUUCAGCUGUGCUCGAAGGGCGAACACAAGUCGUUAAAGCAUUGUUGAGACGAAAAGACUUUCCGAUCAACGACCGAGACGGGGAUGGAAUGACGGCAUUGAACCACGCUGCGGUGCGUGGCGAUGAGGAAAUGGUGAGAUUACUUCUCUGUCGCAAAGACAUCGACGUCAAUUCGUCCAACAAUGCACGCUGGACACCUUUCAAGCAUGCAGUGCUCGCUGGACAUGAUAGGAUAGCAAAGAUCUUGGUGGACCGUGGCGCAAUUAUAGCUCGUCUGAAAAUAUACCACGAAGGAGCACUCAAAAUGGUCUGA